CAGCACGGAUCAGGUCGGCCACAUGUGGACUUGUUGAUAAAAGCACGGCAUGGUGGACGUCCAGUGAAGGAGAGCUGGCUGUGCUUGAUUUCCUGACAGCCCAAAUGAAGACCCCGGUGUGUGUGGUGCGCCUGCCCCGGGGCCCGGACCCCCACGGGCGGGGCUUCGACCCCACCUCGCCCCGCUACCUCGCCCUCUGCCCCUCCUCCCUCUCCACGUCCGGCGAGGCGGACCCAGUGGCGCUCCGGACGGAGCAGCGGACGCGGGCCAUGAUGAGGGAACGCUUCCUGCGCUGUCUCAUCUCCAUGGCCAACAAGAAGAUCCAGUUCCUCAUGUACGAGAAGGUUACGGUGGCCGCCGUGUUCGGGGCGUCGGACAUCGACGUGCUCAACUUCCAGGUUUCUGAUCUGCAGACGCCCAUCGGGGUCCAGACGGAGGCCCUGAUCAGAUGCCAGGAUGUGAUCUCGUACUCCUUUGAUAUGUGACUGUCAAUGUUUUUCUAUUUUGGAUAUUGCAUAGUAUUGUUGUACCUCAGGUUAUUGUCACUUCUUCUAUUGUAAUGCUAUUGAAUGUCUUUGAUACAUGUUAAUAAGGGUGUGUACUUGCAUUAUGUUCUAAGCCUGUGCGUGCACUUGUUGGGCAGCAGUUUCCUGUUAAUAAAAGGACCAUUGCUUUGGAAAACGAUUCCUUUUCCCCAUCACUGGAGGGAGCUGCAGCCUCCUGUUUAUAAUCAACUCUCAUUGCCUUCUGUUAGCCGUACAGGACAAGCUCUCUCCAAAGGGUUAGGACGGCCCGAUUACAAACCCACAUCUCUCGAUGUUUUAAUGAUUUAUUUGGACUUUCACAUAAAUGACUGAUCGUGUGUGUGUGUGCGUUCAGGGCUGCACACCUUCACAGCGUACCUGUGUGUUGGUACCUGUCUUAUUCUACCUCUCCAUGGAGACGGUCAUCAAUGGAGGGGUGACUCAUCUCCCUCCAGGCCACGCCAGGGUAUGACUGAAGCGGCGGUGACGUCAGAGGCCUCCAGUGAUUCAAUCAGGACCCCCUCAAGGACGACCAAUGUUAAUUUGAUAAACACAGGCUCAGCUGCCUCUGCCAACAGCAGCUCUCAACUCCUCCGAUUCACUGUGGGCCGUCUGAGAUGGAGGCUUGGUGUUUUCGGUUCAACACAAGCAUGUAAAUCACCUCAUUGUGUGCCAGGGCAUGUCUCCGUGACGCAUUAGUGCCGCACUCGCUGCGGCGUGACCCGCAGGCUCCUGUUUGAGUCGUUCCAGAUUACAGUUCGAUUAUCUUUCUUAACUCUAGCUACUGAUUUUAAAUAAAAACGAGUUUUUCUC